AUGUACAAAGGCGAGGUUCAUCUCUGCUUCUACCAGGGCACGCAAAUGAUAGGCUGGGGCCAUGGCCACGGUAUUAUCAUGGACAAGCACUACCGCAUUAUCAAGUCCGUAGAGCCUGGGAGCUACCAGGCAUCAUCUGACAUGCAUGAGUUUAAACUCAUCAACGAUGGCAAAUCGGCACUAAUGUCGCAGUAUCUUCGCAGCGUUUACGACUUGUGCCCCUGGAAAUUGUGUGAUGGCUUAGGCUACAUUCAACAAGGCGCCUUCCAGGAGGUAGAGGUUGAAACUGGGGAGGUGCUGUUCGAAUGGAGAAGCCUUGAUCACGUCAGUCCCGUGGAAAGCUAUGUUCUUCCUUCGAGUACGGAGAUUAGUGGAAGUGGUGAACAUCCCCAGAGCCCUUGGGAUUAUUUCCAUAUCAAUUCAAUCGACAAGAACAAAGACGGCGAUUACUUGGUCUCCGCUCGCCAUGUCUCUGCUGUGUACAAAGUCUCUGGAGUCGAUGGCCAUGUUAUCUGGCGUUUGAACGGCGCGAAAUCGGAUUUCAAACUUGAUGGCUUCUCAUUUUCCUUCCAGCAUGAUGCACGGUUUGUCUCCGAAAAUGGCACACACACAGUCAUCUCACUUUUCGACAAUGGCUCCAAUGGAUUCGAUCGGACACAAGAUCAUUCCACAGGUCAGAUCAUUAGCCUUGACCACAGAUCCAACAUUGCAAGUAUCCUCCUGGAUCUUGAUCCACCGUUUGCCGAUGGCCAUGCGCAUCUCUCCAAAUCCCAAGGGAACUUUCAACGCCUCCCAAAUGGGAACAUACUCAUGGGUUGGGGGAAUGAUGCAUUCUGGACCGAGUACAGUCCGGACUAUGAGAUCAUAUUCUACGGUGCCUUGGGUUGGUCUAACGUCAUGAAUUACCGAGUGCAUAAAUUCGACAACUGGGUCGGGCUACCGCUGACCAAGCCCGCUCUAUGGGCUUACUCGAAAGACGGGACGGAAAUGAUAUUAUAUUCCUCCUGGAAUGGCGCUACGGAAGUGAAGACAUGGCGAUAUUUCGGUUCCAAUAAUAAGACCCAAGGGCCUUGGGAACAACUUGGCCAGGGGGUGAAGGAUGGUUUCGAAACGGUACUGGACCAUGUUCGAACCUACAAAUAUUGCUACGCAGAGGGGCUUGACAACGACGGGCACGUCCUGGGCACCAGCGAAAUCGAAACAACGUAUAUUCCCAACGAACUAAUGCGCGAGUACUGCGACGACAAGGCCUGUCGCUUCAUGCCGAGUCAAGAGCAAAGAAUCAUCGAACAGGAAGAGAAAGCUCGACUCCAGGCAGAGCAGGAAAUAGAAGAAGCCAACCAGCUGCUGUCCGAGGAGCAAGAAGAGAGAGAACGGCUGGAGAAGGAGCUACAGCUAUCUCUGGAACGGGAAAGACAGAAAAAAAGAAAAGCGAGAAUAUAUGGUGGAACUUUUGGGGGAUUGACAGGCCUGGUCAUUUUGCUCGUUCUGUUGGCCACAGACAAUUUUAUCUCGCGGCCAGCUCACAGACUUACACGCCUUCUCUGGAGUCAGGUCCGGAGGAGAUUUGGCGAAGGCAGCCGUCCAGGGGCUGGGCUCCGCUGGGGCUAUAAGGCGAUCUCGCCUGAGGAGCGAGAUUCUGAAAGCAUGGUCCCUAUGAUCACAAACGAGUCCUGA